UUUAAAUUAGAAAAAAAUUAUCAGUUAUUUCAUCUUUAGAUCAAUUGAGUUAAAGUGCUUAUUAACAAGAUACGAUGAGAAUUUUCGCAUAUAAUUGUUAUUUUAGAAAACAUCAAUUUUAAAGAUUGAGAAUUUGCUGCCUCUACACAGUGUUUAAAGUUGAUAUUAAAUAAGUUUCACUCAACAAUUAUGAAGCUCCUCUUUAUCUACGGACUUAUUUUGAUGUUGGCUGGUUUAUCCACAUGCUUAACACCUUUCUAUAUGCACAAUCAAGAUCACGAAAAAUGCAUUGAGUUAAAUAAUUUUCAACAAUUUUCAAUGGACGAUUUGCUUAUUGCAAACAUGACACAAACUGCUGACAUAAAGUGCCUACAUAUGCAAAAUGACAAUAUUGAAUAUAUACCACAAUCUACAUUUGAAAUGUUUCCACAAUUGCAGUACUUAAACCUUGCCGGCAACAUUAUUCAAAAACGGAAUUUAGAUUUUGUAUCGAAAAUGCAAAACUUAAAGACACUUGUUCUUGACAAAGCUUACAGAACAAGCACACCUGGUGAGGAUGAAUUUCUCUUUAAUGCCCAAUCUUCUACUUUGAAUUCACUUUAUCUAAGACACAAUGGUAUUAAAAAACUCAUAAUUUCCCAUAACAUGCAUCUUGAAAAUCUUAGAAAAUUAGUCCUAAGCGAUAAUGACAUUCGAGAAAUUAAUAUCAACCAAAAUGAACUUCUUUUCAAAACCAAUUUCAAUUGGUUACCACAAUCAUUAAAUUAUCUUCAUAUUGAAAAUAACAAACUAACUGAACUAAUUUUAAUCAAUAAAACAAACAUCGUUGAGGUUCAAGCACGAAAUAAUGAAUUUCAUACCCUAAAAUUAGAAAAUCUUCCUAAUCUCAAAACACUUUUGAUUAAUGAAGAAUUGAUUAAUCAAAUAUCAAUAAAAAAUCUCACAAAACUUGAGGACUUACUUCUAGGUCUUAAUAAAGCGGACAGCAUUUUUCAUUCGCAAAUCAAUGGUCUUACUGCACUUCAAAAUUUCGAAUUGGAAUGUAAGAACUUGGUGUAUUUUGAUGGAAAAAUUGUUGAUCAAAUGCCAUCAUUAAGAAGUUUGUUUGUCGCCAGCAGUUUAUUGAGUGCAAUCCCAAUGAUAAAAAAUGCCAGCAAUUUAAAGUAUUUAUUUCUUCCGAAAAAUAAAAUUGAAAUAAUUAAAAACACUGAUUUUUUGGGUAUGCCAAAUCUUGAGGAAUUAAAUUUAUCUGACAAUUUGAUCAUGGAUCUGGAACCAUUAACAUUUUCGGCUCUAAGAAAAUUGAAAAUUCUUAAUAUAGAGAAAAAUCUUCUAAAAAGUGUAUCACAUUUAUCAUUCAAUUCUUUUUUUAAUUUACAAAAAUUACUAUUGUCUCACAAUAGUAUUAAUUAUUUCGAUGGUGAAAUUGUCGAUAUAAAUCCAUCUCUCCAUGAACUUUAUUUGAGAAAUAAUUUUUUAAAUACUUUUCCAAUGAUUAGAAAUGCGAGUAAUUUAUGUUAUCUUGAUUUAAGUAGUAAUAAGAUUCAAGUAUUAGAGAAACAUCAUUUUCACCUUAAUUUCGUUAAUUUAGUGAAAUUAGUUCUAAGUUUUAAUAAUAUAUCGAGAAUAGAUGAUGAAGUGUUUGAUAAUUUGAAAAAACUAAGUCAUUUGCAUUUGCAUUCAAAUCGAUUGCAAUCAAUGCCAAAAGAUUGGUCAUCGUCAUUAAAAAAUCUCGAAUCAGUUACAUUAGAGAAAAAUGAAUUUAAUGAUUAUGAAAAACUUGAAUUGAAUGAGACAAAUUUUCAAAAUACCGCCUUAUCUUAUUCCUUAGUGAAUGAUCAUUUUCUCUAUUGCACAUUAAGAUAUGGUGUCAAUAGAAAUUGUCAUUUUAUCUUCGAAUACGUAGAGAACAAUAAGGUUUUUUACUUUAAGAAAAAGUAUAUGACUUUCAAAAAAGUUGCAAACGAUAAAUUGAAAUUAAUUCCAUCAGCAGAAAUGUAA